GCCCGUUCACGGACAACACCAACAAAUAAGAACCAACAGGAGGCGAGCGAGAGCUGCUAGCUGCUCCCGAAGCAACUUAUCUGACGUCCAUCCUGCUGUCAUGGCCUUCCUCUGCCGAAGUGCUGCUUCGCUGCUGAAGCCCUACCAAGCUGCCCCCGCCGUGCUAUCCGCAGCCCGCCUCUACAGCUCAGGUGGUAACUAUGAGCAUAUUUUGGUGGAAAAGCGAGGCGAGAAGAAAAACGUGGGUUUCAUUCAGCUGAACCGACCUAAGGCUCUCAAUGCUCUGUGCGACGGGCUGAUGAAGGAGGUGGGACAGGCGCUGGAUGCGUUUGAAGCUGAUGGAGACGUCGGCGCUGUCGUCAUCACUGGCAGCGAAAAGGCCUUUGCUGCUGGAGCAGACAUUAAAGAGAUGCAGAAUCGAACAUUCCAGGAGUGUUACGGUGGAAACUUCCUGGCUCACUGGAACAGAGUGUCCACGGUGAAGAAGCCUGUGAUAGCAGCUGUCAAUGGAUUUGCUCUCGGUGGAGGGUGCGAGCUUGCAAUGAUGUGUGACAUUAUCUACGCCGGGGAGAAGGCUCAGUUUGGCCAACCAGAAAUCCUGCUGGGGACCAUUCCUGGGUCGGGUGGCACCCAAAGGCUGACACGUGCUGUGGGCAAAUCCCUGGCGAUGGAAAUGGUACUAACAGGGGACAGGAUUGGUGCUCAAGAGGCAAAGCAAUCAGGUUUGGUGAGUAAAGUUUAUCCCGUGGACCAGCUGGUGUCUGAAGCCGUAAAAUGUGGAGAGAAGAUCGCUGCCAACUCCAAACUCGUGUCUGCUAUGGCUAAAGAGGCUGUUAACGCAGCUUUUGAGCUGACUCUGGCUGAGGGGAAUCGCUUGGAAAAGCGCUUAUUCCAUGCUACAUUUGCAACGGAUGACCGUAAAGAAGGCAUGACUGCCUUUGUGGAGAAGAGAAAGGCCAGUUUCCAGGACAAUUAGAAAAGGAGCAGAUGAAGAUCACAGUCAAGAACACAAAGUUUCUGAUAUCAGUGGCUCACUUCCUUGUGUGUAAUAUGCUGAGUGAUGCAAAAAUCCAGGAUUAUUGGAAUUUUCCAGCUGCUGGGACUAGGAUUUGCCACCAUGUGAGUGCACAAGAGUGUCUCUCUCACUGAAGCCCCAUCUGAUGAGGAUCAGCAUCAAAAUCAGAUGAAGUCGGGGUGCAAGGGGGUUGAAUGUGAAUAUGAUUUGAUCUCUGUGAUUAUAGUCAGUGUGUAGCAGGUGGUGUAGGGCAUGUGACAUGUACUGACUUUGCCUUUUCAUUUGUCAAACAUUUCUAUUUUGUAGGCAAGUUAUUCUGUACAUUUUACAAAUAAACCCUGGGAGUGGCAAGAAGA